AUGGCAGCUUUCAACCUCACCCCCUCUGACCCUUCAACAUUCACACUAACGGGGAUCCCCGGCUUGGAAGCUGCUCACAUCUGGAUUUCCAUCCCUUUCUCUAUGUUCUAUAUUAUCGGCCUGUUGGGAAAUUUUACGCUUUUGUUUGUUGUAGGGAAAGAGCAGACCCUGCACAAGCCGAUGUACCUGCUGCUCUGCCUGCUGGCAGUCACUGAAAUUGGCACCUCUACCUCCAUCGUGCCAAAUGCACUGUGUAUACUUUGGUUCAAUUUGAAAGGCAUUACGGUGGGUGGCUGCCUCACCCAGAUGUUCUUCCUUCAUGCGGGUACUGUGAUGCACUCAGCUGUCCUCGUGACAAUGGCCUUUGAUCGCUACGUUGCCAUAUGUAAACCUCUGAGAUACACCACCAUCCUCACCAAUGCACGAAUAGCUAAGCUAGGGCUAGUGGGUUUGAUAAGAGCUGUUCUCUGCAUCCUGCCCCUGCCCCUGCUCCUGAGCAGGCAGCCAUUCUGUGCCAACCGCAUUAUCCCCCACACGUACUGUGACCACAUGGCUGUGGCAAAGCUAUCAUGUGGGGACAUCACUGUUAACAGGAUGUACGUCUUGGUGAUAGCGUUUGUAGUCAACGGGUCAGACCUGACACUCAUUGCAGAUUUAUCCUACAGUCUGAUCAUCAGGGCUGUCCUCAGAAUCUCCUCCAAGAAAGCCCACCAGAAAGCUCUCAACACCUGCACAGCCCACAUCUGUGUGAUGUUGAUGUCCUAUCCUUCCUUCUUCUUCUCCACUCUGACACAUCGGUUCGGUCAGGGCAUCGCUCCCCACAUUCACAUCAUCUUGGCCAACCUCUAUUUCCUUCUCCCCACCAUGUUCAAUCCUAUCAUUUAUGGGGUGAAAAACAAAGAGCUUCGUGAGAAAAUGGGCAAAUACACCUGCAGAAUGUACUCACCUGGGGUCACUGACUUUAAUCCUGUGUGA